AUGGUAGGCAAUAGUAACAAUAACAAUGGUUUUAAUUGGAAAUUUGUGUUGCUACUUCCUGGUAAGAUCUCAGCAUCUGCUUUGGAAGCCUAUCUCGUGGUUGGUCAUUCGAACAAGUUAGAGUACAAGAGCUUUGUACAGCCAGGUAUCGACCUCAAGAACCAUCACGUUAAGAACACUAACCGUACUUCUCCCAAGUCCGAGAACGUCUACUUGGCCUUGCUUGUCAAGUUGUACCGUUUCCUUGCUCGUCGUACUGAUGCCAACUUCAACAAGGUUGUCUUGAAGCGUCUCUUUAUGUCUCGUGUCAACCGUCCCCCUGUCACUGUUUCUCGCAUUGUCAAGAACGCCAAGGGUAACAACACUGUUGUUGUUGUCGGUACCGUCACUGACGAUUCUCGUCUUUUGGACCUCCCCAAGCUUUCCGUUGCUGCCCUUCACUUCACCAAGACUGCCAGAGCUCGUAUCUUGAAGGCUGGUGGUGAAGUUUUGACUUUGGAUCAAUUGGCUCUCCGUGCUCCCACUGGUGCCAACACCGUCCUCGUCCGUGGUGCCAAGAACUCUCGUGAGUCCGUUAAGCAUUUCGGUAUGGGUCCCCAUAAGAACAAGAAGCCUUUCGUUCGUUCCAAGGGUAGAAAGUUCGAAAAGGCUCGUGGUAAGCGUGCUUCUCGUGGUUUCAAGGUCUAA